AUGGCCUCGUCUCAGGGGACCAACGAGCUCAAAUUCGCCGACUGGAUGGCAACUCUCCCGGAGAGCAUCCACAGCAUCCCCCUCACCAAUUUAGCCAUCCCAGGAUCUCACGAUUCUUUCAGCUUCUACAUCGACGAAGCCUCUCCAGUAGGGCCUGAACAGCCAGAAACUGUCCAGAAUUUUGUCUCUGUUUUUGGAACUGUGGCCAAAAAGCUGAUGCGGAAAUGGUUAGCCACUCAAACGAUGAACUUUACUGGUCAGCUAGGAGCUGGGAUCCGUUAUUUUGAUCUUCGAAUUUCCACCAAGCCCAGAGACCCCGACAAUGAACUCUACUUUGCUCAUGGUUUGUUCAGUGCCAAAGUCAACGAGGGCCUUGAGGAGAUCAAUGCAUUCCUCACAGAUCACCGUAAGGAGGUCGUGUUCUUGGACUUCAAUCAUUUUUAUGGAAUGCAGAAAUAUCACCAUGAAAAAUUGGUCCAGAUGCUGAAAGACAUCUAUGGAAAUAAAAUGUGCCCAGCGAUUUUUGCACAGGAAGUGAGUCUAAAGUACCUGUGGGAGAAGGACUACCAGGUGCUGGUCUUCUACCACAGUCCCGUGGCUCUGGAGGUGCCCUUCCUCUGGCCUGGACAGAUGAUGCCAGCACCCUGGGCCAACACCACAGACCCGGAAAAACUGAUUCAGUUCCUUCAGGCGUCCAUCACCGAGAGAAGAAAGAAGGGCUCGUUUUUUAUAUCUCAGGUGGUGCUGACGCCCAAAGCUAGCACUGUGGUCAAAGGAGUGGCCAGCGGCCUCAGAGAAACAAUCACAGAAAGGGCUCUUCCCGCCAUGAUGCAGUGGGUCAGCACGCAGAAACCAGGAGAGAGCGGCAUCAAUAUUGUCACUGCCGAUUUUGUAGAACUUGGUGAUUUCAUCAGCACUGUCAUAAAGCUCAACUAUGUCUUUGAUGAAGGAGAAGCCAACACUUGAUAGUACCAUUUUGAGCAUUCAUGAAUAAGAUAGAGAAGAUUCAUUGUAUUAGGCAUAUUAUCUAGAAACACUCUGAUCUUCCUAUUCCACUGAGUCUCUGAGGGAAUUAGGGCUGGCAGUGGGUGGGAAAAGGGGAAAUCCAAUUCUUGAGUGGUUAUUAUCAUAGUCUGCAUUAGUAUAAAUAUUUCAUUUCCCAUUUGAUGAGCAAAAUCUACUUCUAGUGUUAGAGAUUUUAAAAAAGACCAGUGAAAUUUGUUUUUCAGAAUUAGUCUUUGUAAUAUAUAACUCACAAGUGUUUACUUGAUUGUGUUUCUGAUUUCAACCUAGAUCUGCUAUGCUCUCUGUAUCCUCUAACUGAACCUUUUCACCCUGCCCCCUUCGCUCGCUCUUCUUAAUUAGAUGCUGUAUGGGACUCAAAACAAUUGACUGUCCCAACAGAAUGUGUAUUACAUUGUUGUAGUGAAAUUUAUUUGUUGCGUGGGACAUGGUAUAAUAUUCUGUUGUCAUCUGCAAUUGGGCAAUCAUUGCUAACUCUUUGUCAUAGAAAAUAUGC